GGCUGCCCGCCUGCCUGCCGACGAAGCGGAAACGGAAAAAAACACAGAGACUCACGGAGAGACACGGAGAUCCCGGAGCCCGAACGCAGCGGCGACGACGCGGGGCGCUGGGAGUACAGAGCGCCGUAUAGGCGGCGGAAAGAAGCGGAACGAGAGCGACAGCCCGGUGGCGCCUUCCACCUCCAACUGGAAUAUUUAAUAUCAGUAACAAGAGGACAGGAACGGCGAUAAUAACACGGCGAGGCGGGCGUGUUGGCAAGGUGGACAGGUGCCCUUCCACUACUCGUGCUACGAGCCCCAGCCAUGCCGUUCCCUUUUGGCAAGUCCCACAAGUCCCCGGCGGACAUCGUGAGGAACCUUAAGGACAGCAUGUCCAUGCUGGAAAAGCAGGACAUCUCCGACAAGAAGGCGGAGAAGGCCACCGAGGAGGUGUCCAAGAACCUGGUGGCCAUGAAGGAGAUCCUGUACGGCACCAACGAGAAGGAGCCGCAGACGGAGGCAGUAGCGCAGUUGGCGCAGGAGCUGUACAACAGCGGGCUGCUGAGCACGCUCAUCGCUGACCUGCAGCUCAUCGACUUCGAGGGCAAAAAGGACGUGGCUCAGAUCUUUAACAAUAUUCUCCGCCGGCAAAUCGGGACGAGGACUCCUACAGUGGAAUACAUCUGCACGCAGCAGAACAUACUGUUUAUGUUGUUAAAAGGGUACGAGUCUCCGGAAAUCGCGCUGAACUGCGGCAUCAUGCUGAGGGAGUGCGUCCGGCACGAGCCGCUGGCCAAAAUCAUCCUGUGGUCCGAGCAGUUCCAUGACUUCUUCAGAUACGUGGAGAUGUCCACGUUUGACAUAGCCUCGGACGCAUUCGCCACCUUUAAGGACCUGCUCACGAGACACAAGCUGCUGAGCGCCGACUUUCUGGAGCAGCAUUAUGACAAAUUCUUUAGCGAAUAUGAAAAGUUACUCCAUUCAGAAAACUAUGUGACUAAAAGGCAGUCUCUGAAGCUGCUUGGGGAGCUUCUGUUAGACCGACACAACUUCACUAUCAUGACAAAGUACAUCAGCAAACCAGAAAACCUCAAGUUAAUGAUGAACCUCUUACGCGACAAGAGUCGUAAUAUCCAGUUUGAGGCCUUCCACGUGUUUAAGGUUUUUGUUGCCAAUCCCAACAAGACUCAGCCCAUCCUGGACAUUUUGCUGAAGAACCAGACAAAACUCAUCGAGUUUCUCAGCAAGUUCCAGAACGACAGGACCGAGGACGAGCAGUUCAAUGACGAGAAGACCUACUUGGUGAAGCAGAUCAGGGAUCUGAAGAGGCCAGUGCCACAGGAGGCUUGACGUGCCUGGGGGGGGUGGGGUGGGGCGUG